AUGGCUUUUAUUCUCAUGCUCGAAAUAACACCCUCGACUGAUACGAGUCUCGUUGGAAAUACGGCACUUGUCGCUUAUACAAUCGGUGAAGCAAUAAUCACUCUCUCUGCCUAUCUUACUCUUGACUGGCAAAAGCUGAAAUGGGUCAGUGUCGUUUUUAUUGGUUCAGUUUUACCUUAUCUCUAUUUUAUGACGGAAACGCCACUUUAUCUCUAUGCCAAACAACAAUAUACUGAACUCGAAGCACUUUUGCGUCGAAUUGCAACGCGAAAUAAACGAACUGAAGAACAAUGGUGUCCAUCGUAUCAGGAAUUCUUACGUAAUCAAUCGAUCACAUAA